AUGGCGGACUUGAAUAUUGUUGAGCUUCGAUCAAACCACGAGCGAAGAAGAAAAAAUGAAAAUGAACGGGCAAAUGAUCAGGCAAAGACGAUAAAAUUAACAGAUUUUGACAAAAUUGCCAUUUUGGAGGCGGUGAAAAAUUGUCCUUGCCUAUGCCUAUGGAAGAGCGGUGACAAACAAGAAUUCAUGCUGGCGCGAGAUUGCAG